AUGUUCUUAAGCGCCAAACCCUUAAUCUUUCUCAUGAUCUUCACAAGUUGCUUAGCUUUGGCGGUCGAUGAAUUUCCUUCAUGGAUCGAGAAGAACACACUCCACGCUUCCAAGGUACUCAAGAUGAACGCCAACCUUGUCGUGGCAAAAGAUGGUUCUGGUGACUAUGUGACCGUAAAGGAGGCGGUUGGAGCUGCUCCGGAGAAUAGCCCCAAGCGAUUUAUCAUCUACAUCAAACAAGGGGUUUACUCGGAGAUUGUUGAGAUUGGUGUUACAAAAACAAACAUCACCUUUGUUGGAGAUGGCCAGGAUUCGACCAUACUCACUGGGAGUCUUAACAAGAAAGACGGUGUUAAAACAUUCUCCUCUGCCACAGUUGCCGUUAAUGGAGACGGAUUUGUGGCUCAAGAUCUCUGCUUUCAGAACACUGCGGGGCCCUCAAAGUCUCAGGCCGUAGCACUACGUGUGAGUGCUGAAAGAGCCGUCAUAUAUCGCUGCCGCAUCGACGGUUAUCAAGACACUCUCUACGCUUUUAGUGGAAGCCAGUUAUACCGCGAGAGCUACAUCACCGGAACAGUUGAUUUUAUAUUCGGGCAUGCAUCGGCUGUGUUCCAGUACUGUCAAAUAGUGGCACGAAAGCCAGAUCAAGGACAGAGCAAUAUGGUGACGGCUCAGAACCGCGACAACCCAAGCGAAAACUCAGCAUUUACAUUACAGCGGUGCAACAUAACCGCAAGUGCCGAUCUUGCUCCUAUCAAGUCAACAGUGAAGACGUAUUUGGGUCGUCCUUGGGGUGUUAUGUCAACGGUAGUUGUUAUGGAGUCAUUCAUAGAUGAUCAUAUCGACCCUGCUGGUUGGUAUCCAUGGGACAUCGGCAAAGAACCUUCACCUUCUAUAUACUAUGGGGAGUUUGAUAACUAUGGUCCUGGAGCAAACACAAGUGAACGUGUGACAUGGAAAGGAUUUAGGGCAAUACAAGAUCCAAAGGAAGCUGAACGGUUUACAGUUGGUCAACUGAUACAUGGGGAGUUGUGGCUGAAUACUACUGGAGUUCCGUAUGAAACCGAAUUUAUGAUGGAACGAGGAGAAGGUGAGAAGAAGGUAUUUGAGAAGAUGGAGAUGAAGCUAAAGACAGAGCUUUUCGACAAGAUGGAUGAAGUGUUAAUGGAAGCGAAAUGGAGCAUGAAAAAGAUGUGUGCUGGUGUUGUAAUAGCUUGUAUUGUUGGGUUUGUCAUCAUUAAGCUUGUGUGA